GUACUCUGCUCUGAUUCAAUAACAUUUUCGUCAGGUUAGUCGAUCAAACCAUAACAGGCUAAAACAGAUCCAGCGCAUCAAAAGACACGCCUUAAAGUUUGAGAUUUAAGAUUAUAAUCUACGAAAGCGACAUGGAUAGAGAUCUAAGUAUUUAUACUGGUGUAACCAGGAAAUUUGGAAUCGUGGACUAUGUUAUGUUUGGUCUUCUACUGGCAGUAUCCUCAUGUAUUGGAUUCUUCUUUGCAAUUCGAGAUAGAAAGAGAGAUUCGAUUGAAAAUUUUGUUCAUGGUGGAAAGAAAAUGUCAAUUUUUCCAGUAUCAAUGUCAUUAAUAGUUACAUUCCUGUCCGCCUUGUCCUUGCUAGGCAAUCCAGUCGAAAUGUAUAAUUAUAAUACAAUGUUUUGGUAUUUAUGUUUGGCGUUUGUAUUUGCCAUGGUAUUAUCAGCUUGGAUAUUUGUACCAUAUUUCUACAAUCUUGGUUUGAUGUGUAUAUUUGAGUAUCUUGAAUUACGCUUCAGUAAAUCUAUCCGAGUUUUAGCCUCUGUAUUAUAUAUCUUUCAAACUUUGAUUUACAUGUCAUUUGUACUGUAUGCACCUUCAUUAGCUUUAAAUGCAGUCACUGAUUUUAAUCUUUGGGGAUGUAUUGUCGGACUGAUGUUGGUUGUAACAGCUUAUACGGCUUUGGUAAGGUGGACAGACACAUUCCAAGGAUUGGUCAUCAUCGCUGGAUUGUUAGCUGUAUUGAUUCAAGGUUCCAAUGUUGCUGGUGGUUUUGCUCAAGCAUGGGAUAUAGCACAAGAAAGAGGAAGGAUAUUAUUUGAUGAUUUCAAUCCGGACCCCAAGAUUCGCCAUUCUUUCUGGUCAGUAUCAAUAGGAGGUGGACUAUUUUGGAUGUGUUUAUACAGCUUAAAUCAGGCUCAGAUACAGAGAGUUAUGUCUUUACCAACAGUUACAAAGGCACAAAUAUCACUAAUAGUCAACAUGAUAGGUCUAAUAUUAAUUUGUUCUGUAUGUUUUCUGAUUGGUAUUGUAAUGUUUGCUGUUUAUGCAGACUGCCAUCCUGUGGCUUUCAAACUAAUUGCAAAAGGUGAUCAGUUAUUACCUCUAUUUGUGAUGGAUAUAUUAGGAAAGCUACCAGGUAUACCUGGUAUAUUUGUUUCCUGUGUAUUUAGUGGGAGUUUGAGUACAUUGUCCUCAAGUUUAAAUGCUUUGUCUGCUGUUACUUUAGAAGAUUUUGUCAAACCAUUUUGUUUCAAGAAGAAGAAAUUGUCAGAUCUCAAAAUUACGUUACUUUCGAAGAUUUUAGUUAUUAUUUAUGGUCUGGCGGGUUUGGCUUUUGCCUUUGCUGUAUCACGUUUAGGAGCAAUUUUACAGGCUACAUAUAGUAUAUAUUCAAUACUCAAUGGUCCACUUGCUGGAAUUUUCAUAUUAGGUCUCUUCUUUCCUUGGGCAAAUAAAUGGGGAGCGGGAGCAGGGUGUAUAACAUCUCUAACCAUGAUGCUUUGGAUUGGUUUUGGAGCAUAUGCCAAAAAAAUAAGAACUCCCCUCAGUCCAGUAUCUGUGGAAGGUUGUAAUUGGAAUUUAACAACAACAAUGAUACCAACAACACUUUAUAUGAAUACAACACAAACAAUUCUCAACAACACUACACCAACACCACAAAUGGAUGCAGAAUCCAGUGAUCCAUUUUAUGAUAUGUAUAAACUAUCUUAUCUGUGGUAUACGGGUACAGGCAUUUUAAUAGUAGUUGUUGUUGGGCUCAUUGUUAGUUUCAUAACAGGUAAUAUGGACUUUAAGUAG